CAUGCAGUGCACUAGCAGUUCGCUAACUUUAUAUUUUACUUUAUUGUUCUACAUCCUAUUCGAUUUUACCAUCGCUCUUGAUGACUGGCAGGGGGCCGCUAUUCGCUGGGCAAAAAAUUGCGAUUUCCCAGGAAACAACAUUGCAAACCAAAUCGUCGGCGGUGAUCGUUGCGGAACAAUAUGCCAGAAUACCAUAGCCGACUGUACACAUUUUACAUUUACUCUUUUCCAGGGUGGUACCUGUUGGUUCAAAUCGGGACCCGUUUUACCUUCCCAAGCGAUUCCCCUCGAUAGCCCUGGAAGUAUUUGUGGAUUUCUGGCUAUCUCAUGGACACAUGAAAUCGACUUGGCAUGGUCACAUCAUUGCACCUUUCCUAGUGGGGACUUCAAACACCAACCAAGCGAAGGGGCCCUGUGCGGAACGACGUGCAUGCAACAUCCGGAAUGUACCCAUUUUGUUUGGACCAAUAUUGAAGGGCAGGGUGGCAUUUGCUGGCUAAAAUCUGGUGGGGCCACUAAAGAAAGUGCCAUUCUUACAGCAGGCGAGAGAGGCGCAGUUUGCGGCUAUCGUUAUGAUCGUCCUCCAAACGGGAGUGUGCCAAUAGUUACCACAUCUGCUCCGUGGUUUGCAACAGACACAUGUGAGUGUGUUUGUUAGUCCUGAUAGUCAUCUCCACCUUAGGGGAUGGAAUAAAUUAAUCUUACUUUUCUGUGUUACCAUAUAUCCCCUAAGAUAAUUGAAUAAACAUUAAACAAAGGCAUUUGU